AGAGGAAAAGAAGUGUGAUGGCCAAGAGUUCACAGAGGAAGCAACGUGACUGUGUAAACCAAUGCAAAUCAAAGCCUGGCUUGAGCACCUCAAUCCCUCUGAGAAUGUCCAGUUACACAUUCAAGAGGCCAGUUACGAGAAUUACACCCCAUCCUGGCAAUGAGGUCAGAUACCAUCAAUGGGAGGAGAGCUUGGAGAAGCCUCAGCAGGUCUGCUGGCAGAGGAGACUGCAAGGACUCCAGGCUUACAGCAGUGCAGGAGAACUUUUAAGUACUUUGGAUCUUGCCAAUACCUUGCAAAAACUUGUCUCUAGUUACACAGGUGGAUCUCUGCUGGGGGAUCUUGGCAGUGGUCUGGAGCACUCCUGCCCCUUGCCCCACCUUGCCUGCUCUUCAGAUGCGGUGGAGAUAAUUCCCAGAGAGGGAGUGGGUAUGUCGCAGCUCCUCUGCAAACAAUUUCUGGUCACUGAGGAAGAUAUCAGGAAACAGGAAAGGAAAGUGAAGACAGUCAGAGAGAGACUCGCAAUAGCACUGAUUGCGGACAGGCUCGCUAAUGAGGCAGAGAAAGUGAGAGACCAAGAAGGCUGUCCUGAAAAACGCUAUGGAAAAAAGGGAAGAUAGUGCAGAUGAAAUAAAGAGUAAUCCUUUAUUAA